GAUGGCAAAAUCCCAAAACAAAAUAACCUAUAACAAUGAACUUGGACAAACCCACGUCUACAUACAUCCAUCUUCCCUUCUUCACUCCGAACACAUCAUUAUUUUAGGCGCAACAACUUUCAGAAGCUAUGAAAAGAAAAAAAACUUAGAAUCUCCUAAGCUCAGUUCUUUACAUAUCAGUAUUGUAGUGAAUGUACUAACGAAGAGAGUUUAAGUAAGGAGUAAUACAGAAAAAGAUGGGCCAAAGAAAAGAAGAGAGGAAUUAUGUUAUUGAUCAUCAAGAGCCUCCUUUUCAUGUCAUUCAUAAGCUUCCUCCUGGUGAUAGCCCUUAUGUUCGAGCCAAGCAUGUCCAGCUAGUUCAUAAGGAUCCAGAAGGGGCAAUAGUUUUGUUUUGGAAGGCAAUCAAUGCUGGGGAUAGAGUAGACAGUGCCCUCAAGGACAUGGCAAUAGUGAUGAAACAGCAGGACAGAGCAGAAGAAGCAAUUGAAGCAAUAAAAUCCUUUAGAGAUCGCUGCUCCAAGCAAGCCCAAGAAUCCCUAGACAAUGUCCUCAUUGACCUCUACAAGAAAUGUGGGAAAAUUGAAGAACAAAUAGAGCUCCUAAAGCAGAAGCUUCGAAUGAUUUAUGAAGGAGAAGCCUUCAAUGGGAAGCGAACUAAGACAGCACGCUCACAUGGGAAGAAAUUUCAGGUUACCAUCAAGCAAGAGACAUCUCGAAUUCUGGGAAAUUUGGGUUGGGCAUACAUGCAGCAGGGAAGCUAUUUGGCAGCAGAGGUUGUAUACCGAAAGGCUCAAUCGAUCGAUCCUGAUGCUAACAAGGCUUGCAACUUGUGUCUGUGCCUUAUUAAGCAGACUCGUUAUACAGAGGCACAUUCAGUCCUUAAUGAUGUAUUGCAGAGUAAGCUUUCAGGGUCUGAAGACCCCAAGUCAAGAAGCCGGGUGAAGGAGCUCCUUCAUGAAUUGGAGACUUGCCAAUCCUCAGUAGUAACUUUACCAUCCGGACUAAGUUUAGAAGAUGCUUUUGUUGAAGGGCUUGAGCAGUUGAUGAGCCAAUGGAGCCCACAUAGAUCGAAGAGACUUCCAAUCUUCGAAGAAAUCACCCCAUGUAGAGAUCAAUUAGCCUGUUGAUCGUAUCUUUCUGCACUUUGAUUAUUCUGAUGAUGAGUCAGGAGGUGAGAUUAGAAGUUCCUAAUGUCGUAAAAUGUAUAGUGUAUAAUUCCUUGUUUAGAAUGGAACAGCUGACCCGUUGUGAGAAGCAACGCAGAGCUCAUAAACAAAGAUUUUCCCUCAUCUUGUAUACUGUUUCUGAAAUAGGAACCGACAAUUUUACUUCGUUUGAUA